GGUUUCUUUAAAAAUAAUCUUUGCAUCCAAAAUGAUCCCAGAACAGAGCUGCACAUUGCUGCAGUGUCAAAGUCAGACGAAGGCUUCUACAAGUCUGAGUUUUCAGGACAAACAUCAGCACAGAGCUGGAUGUCAGUAAAAUUUCGCUGUUUCUUGUUGGUACAAAGUGGACGUAUUUCACUGACAGAACAACAAGUGUCAAAGCGUCAGAGCUGGAUUUGAAGAUGGGACACACUUUGCUGUCUGUGCUGUUACACUUGCUGAAUACAUUCCUCUACUAUGGACAUGCUCAAGUUCUAGAUGCUGUGCUGAUGACUGACCCCAACUGGUCCACUUUUUUUACUGGAGAGUUUGUGACCUUCAUAUGUGACAUGAACGAAGGAGACGAUGCUGACUGGGAAUACAAGAUCAACAAGGAUGGACGAGAUUAUACUUGCUACAACACACAUCAACGCUACACAUCAGAACCUCUGUCUGCACGUCACAGUGGUGAUUAUCAGUGUGUUGGUCGCAGGAGGAGCUCAUAUUCUACAAAGAGCAGUAACACUGUCUCUUUAACUGUUUCAGCUAAACCCAAAGCCACACUGACAGCAGACACAACAACCAUAUCAGUAGGAGGCAGUGUGAUACUGACCUGCUCUGUGCAGAACUCUGUUGGAUGGAAAUAUGAGUGGUUCAGACGUACUCAGAGAACCUCUGAAGUUCUGGUGGAUCCAGUUAGAACAAAUGAUGAACUAAACACAGUUAUCAGUGUUUCACAAGGAGGAAUCUAUCAGUGCAGAGGAAGAAGAGGAAAACCAGUUUACUACACUGAUAUAAGUGAUGAGGUCACCACUGAGAAAACCCUUUCCAAUGAGGCUGUUCUAAGACGACAACCAGACUGGACUCAGAUGUUCAGAGGUGAAAGAAUCACUCUGACAUGUGAGAUCCAUGGAGGUGAAACCACCCAGUGGGUGUAUGAAUGGAGACGACCUCGGCGUUAUGUACACUGGACAGAUGAUAAUUACCAGACAUUCAGAGUUUCUAAGUCCAGCAGUGGAGACUACAUGUGUAGGAGUAGACCCAGAGAUGACUCCUAUUCUUCAACUGAGUGGAGUAAAUCCAUCACAUUGUCAGUAUCUGAUCAACCCAAAGCUGUCCUCAGUGUGUCUCCAUCAUGGCUGAGUCCUGGAGCCUCAUUAAUUUUGAGCUGUGAGGUUGAACAUCCAUCUGCAGGAUGGAGGUUCUACUGGUAUAAAGCUGUUCCUGAUCUAUCAGGAACCUCCUACAGUUAUGAGCUGCUGCCUGGUAGCAUCAGUGGGACUGAACAAGAUUCCUACAUUAUUCAUGGAAAGACACAGACAGCAGGAUUUAGAUGUAGAGCUGGAAGAGGAGACCCAGAGUAUUACACUUAUUACAGUAAACCUACGUUUGUCUGGUCUGGAGGCUCCAGUCCUGAAAGCUCCUCAUUUACAGACCCGUUGAUCACUGGGCUGGUUAGUGGAAUUUUCCUGACUAUGAUCCUGCUGCUUCUGCUGCUGUGCUGCUGCAGACAGAUGAAGGAUCCACAUUGUAACAGGCUCUCUCAGUCUCAGAACAUGAAUCAAGCCUCAGCUACGCUGCAAACAGUAAACCAGAAUGAAAGUCAAAUUUACUCAUCUCUUCUCCACGGUGAUGCUUCUGCCUAUGAGACAAUCAGACGUUCUGGAAAUUCUAUGAACCAGCCAACUUCUACAAUAAUGUCACGUCAGCUUGAAGGACUUAAUAAGAGCAGUCCAUAAAAUCAAGUGACUCUUCAGCAGAAGAAGAGACUGAGUGGCAACAAUGUGAAAAACAACAUUCAAGUUUAAAUGUGUUUGAUAACAUUUAUACAUGGCAAAACUGCUAAUACUGCUUUUGUGUUUAUGCUGAUGUAGUAUCUGAGAUAAAUAAGACCAUAUAAGUAACUGUGUUAAGCAGAAGAGUCAGUGUCGCUCAAUUCACCACCUCACAAUCAGCAGGUACAUUAAUGAAGCCUUGUAAAAUGUUACCUUCAUAUUAAACACAUUUUCCAAGUUAAAGGCCCUUGAAGUACAUGGAGAAGGUCACUGUUUUUUUUUCUGUUGAAUGUGUUAUUUUUUCCAGCAUUUCUUAGCAAUGCAACCAAAUCAAUUUUACAUCAAUGUCAGAUGUCACGAAAGCCAGUCUUGUUUUGUUCAGCACAGUUUUUCUAUAAUCAACUUUGAGCAUGAAUUUAAAGGGUUAUACCAGCAUGUGGGAUAGAUCGUUGGUCAAAACAAGUUCUAAAAUAUGAAAGAUGUCACUUUUGUCACCAUUUUGAUUCCAAGCUUAUCCUCUUAGAUGUAAAUGUUUCACAUAUGGUGCAGAUUUUUACGUUAGAUUUCAGGCCAAGAAGAUGAGCAUAAUGCUUACAAUGGAAGUGGUAUUGAGUAUCAUUGUCAGAAAUUAGGUAACUCACUUUUUCCUGAAUUUUAUCUGAUAAAAAGUUGUGCCUCCUCAGAGCUUCGUUUAUGUACCUGUAUACAUUUAUCCUUUAGGUAUAUAAAGAGAAAUGUGCAGACUAUGAGGAUACAGUAAGGUUAUAUUGAGAGUUAUUCUGUAUAUAAAUCAGUGAAUUUUGUAGAAAUGUCAUUAUUUUAUCUAUUGAUUUUACAUUUGGCUGCAUCUCUUUUUUUUCUUUUAUUGCAUUCUGAAUUUGUAAUGAGGUGAACUGAACAGUCAUUGUUGAAUUUCCUAAAACAAUUGCUGAAAAGUUCCCCAUUACAUGUCUGGCUACUUGGUUUUUUUUUAAAGGCCUGUUCACACCUGAGACAAUUGUUGUUUCACUGACAAUAAAACCACUGCAGACCAGUGCAUUUGUAUGUAAUGUACAUUUUGUGUAACUUUCAUGAUUAAAUUUUUACACCCAG